AUGCCAGGUCGAAGAUCGCGCCGUCGAACCGGGUUCCAAAAUAUCGAGUCGGCAUGGGCACUGCUCAUAGAUACAUUGAACGACAUUGAGUUAUCACAACGCUUAACGAAACGCCAUAAUCAGCGCAUUGAGAAAGUUAAGGCAGAUGAGAAGACAACGAGGUCGGGAGCCUCCCUUAAGCAACACAAAUUUUUGAAGAGAGUAUCGGCUAUCAACCCUGACUUUCAUAAGUUAUGUGUUGUCGCUUUCUCGCAGAAUCAAAUCAGCUUCACGAAAAACGCUAUACUUGACGGAUUGGUUAAAAAGAUUAGGGGACAGCGCGAUGGCACAAUCAUUUCUCCUACCACGCGAUCGCUUUUGCAUCGUUCGGAAGACGAUAUUAGGCCUAUACCACUACCCCAAGAGACUAUUGAACUACCAAAAGCCCCGUCAGAGCCUUGGGUCGAGUUAAGAUACGCCGAAAGAGAGGGGAUUGAAAAGGUUUUUGGACAAUAUCUACUGGACAGAAUUGAGAACACGGAUCUGAGACAAAACUGGAGAGCAGUCUUCAUGCGCCUGCCGAUGUGGCCACAAGAUCUUUCUGGGCCUUGUUUUAUGUCAUUGAACCUUCGCGAAGGAAGUGUUAAAGAGGUCGCGAUGGCAUUGUUCAAGUAUACAAUGAAGGGCGUCUCGGAUGAGGACAUUAUCGCCGUUUUCGGGGCAGAUAUACAUGCUGCAAUCACUACAUGUAGCAUCAGAGCGAACGAGUUAAGAGAAGGGGAUAGGAGAACUAAAUGUGUAUCAAUUACUUUUUCAGAGAAGAGGGCUGUAAUUAAUCUGAUAUUGAGCGUAUCGGAAGGUGUCAAGAUCCAGAGUAAGCUCAGUGUGUCCGCCAAAUCAGGAUAA